AUGUCCACAUCGAGGGCAAGGAAGCACAGGGAGCGGCUGGCUUGUGCAGCAUGUCGGCAGAGGAAGCUCAAAUGUGACCGUGAGAGCCCCUGUGGCAGCUGUGUCCGCAGGAGAGAUGUUACAUCCUGCUCCUACGAAGUUUCCAUCGAUAGCGACCGUCGCCGCAACGCCCAGGCCCAGGCGCGUCUUGAACAUCUGGAACACCUCGUAGGGUCACUUAUGGGACAACGUUCAAAAACCACUAUCGGAGUUCAGAAUGGUAAUGUGGCUUCUGAGUUGCCAAACAGUUCGGACCCUGCGGAACAAACAGGCGCAUGGUCGUCUUCUCGCUCAGACUUUUGUUACCAAGAUGGCAGCGGUACAACACACUGGUCAGCCAUGCUGGAUGACAUAAGAGCUCUCAGAUCCACGCUAGAUCCUUUUGAGGAAGAUGACAGAGAUGAUGGAGAUACAAGUGCGCCUCAGGCAGGAGUUGACUUGGGAAUGGGCGUCAUGUUCGGCGCUAGCCUUUCACAAUCGGCCAGCAUCGAACAAAUACUCAAUGCUCACCUUCCAUCGCGAAGGAACGCCGACCGCCUGCUGUCUACAUAUUUCCGAACACGCUCCUACGUUACGCCAUACAUACAUUCAGUACAGUUUCAGAGGCAGUACGAGGCUUUUUGGAGAGACCCUCGCGCUGCAUCGCCGCUUUGGAUAUCAAUCCUCUUUUCGAUACUGUUCAUUGCCACCAACAUUUCCCGAACGGGUAAGGAAAAUGAGGCACCAGGGCCUGGGCUUACAGUUGCUGCCGCUCAGUGUCUCGCUCUGGGCGAGUACUUCCGUCCCAAGGCCUUCUGCUUUGAGGCACUCCUGCUUUAUAUCCAUUCGCACUUCAUCACCCGCUUGGAAAUCUCUCCAGACGUGGCAGGUCUUCUCAGUAUGCUUGCCCACAUUGGCACGGUUUCAGGCUAUCAUAGGGAGAGCAGCGUCUCAAGCCUAAGUCCUUUCGAAGCAGAGAUGCGGCGUAGAGCGUGGAGUACAUUCAUGCAGGUUGAUCUUCUAGUAUCGUUCCACCUGGGCGUUCCGUCGAGAGUCAGUUUAGCCAUCUCUGAUACACGUGCUUCAAGCAAUCUUCUAGACUCCGAUUUUGAUGAACGCGUCGCUCAACUACCCUCCUCACGACCGGAUACCGAGCUAACUGGUGUGUCGUUUUCCAUCCUCAAGCACAAGUUCAUGAUGAUAUUUGACAAGAUUCUUCAACAUGCACUGUCGAAUAACUCAAAGACGGCAGAAGAUGACCACAUCGACUCUUUGGAUACCGAACUCAAGACCUUAUACGAAAGCCUUCCGGAUAUAUAUCGCUAUCGUCCAAUGGAAAGUUGCAUCGUCGACCCGCCUCAGCUUAUUGUCGCUCGGCUUUGUAUCACCUUUGUUUACUACAAAAGCCUGUGUGUUCUUCACCGUCCACAUGUGCCCCAAAGGCGAGAGAAGAGUAUUCAAAAAUGCUAUCAGGCAUCAUGUACCCUGAUAACGUACCUCCUACAGGUUUACGAGGAGUGCAAGCCUGGAGGUCAAUUGGAAACUGAGGAGUGGUUCGUGAAGAGUAUUACUUGGCAUGACUUGUUACUCGGCGCAACCACAUUGUGUCUUGUGGCCUUCGCAACACACCAGUCCCCGGAAAGCUAUGAUGUGGACCAAACGAGUGUACUGGUUCUCUUGGAAAAGGUCAGAGCGGUCAUUCAAGAUGAGAAAUCGGAAGAUGGGGCAAGGUCACGAUCCAGGGCUUUAUCAAUAAUGGAAGCUACAAUUUCUCAUUUAAGGGUGCACCAAAGUGGCGAAGGCAUACGCACGAUGGCCGAUGUGCCGGUAUUACCACCCGCCAGCCCGAUGCAAGAAUUCCCAGACAUAAACCAGGACAUAGGCUGGAAGCCAGGGGAGGGUGAGCAGGUCCCGUACGAAACUGAUUGGGAUUAUCUCAACGAGCUGUUUGGUGCCUCUGAUCACGACAUGUUUACGACAUUGGAAAUGCAAGGAUUGUAA